AUGAUCGCCCCUUCAUUGGCAACCGUGCUUGCUUGUGUCUCGGCUGUGACCGCUACCAUUCUUGAGAAUGGCCGACCUAGAGUAACCGACUUUCCCGACACCAAGGUAGAUCUGGCAGCCGGUAGCUACGAGACGUAUGAUGCUACAGCUGAAGAAAUCUCAUACAAAGGGCGAUGGGACUCCAAGAAGAUUUCUUGGUGGGCGGCGCCGGGCAUCAAGUUUGGCUUCACGGGCCAGACCGUCGCCGUCACUUUUGGUAACCAAACUAUAAGCAGCACUCUUGUCGCCUAUAGGAUUGCCGGCUUGGACUGGAUGCAUACAAACGUCACAGCGGGCGCAACUCACCUCUUCGUGAGCCCCAAGACGGCGGGAAUCGAACUCACGGGGCCGGUUAGUCCAGUGACUUUUGAGAUGAGGGUUACAAACUGGGGAUAUGGAGUGCAGAUCGAAAAGGUUCAUGUGGCUGCUGGAGAGAAGCUCAUUAAGAUUCCCGAUUACCCUCGCCGGGUCGAGUUUAUUGGCGAUAGUCUGUCGGCGGGCAUGUACAACUCGUACGAGGCUCUGGCAGGCUUCGCAUACGGCGUCGGCGCGGGCCUGGGAAACACUGAGUAUUCCAUUACGGCCCAACCGGGUAUCUGUGUUUCUGAUCAGAAUUGCUGGGGAAACCCGAGAGGACAGUCUCAUCAAUGGUUUUACACAUCAAGCACAGGCGGACGAGCAGACGAAGUAUGGGGAGGUAUGUGUUGUAUCUCCACGCCAGAGCACCAGCUUGGCCUGGCCUACUCGAACCAAAGCUCGGCUCUUGGAACCCAUUUUGAGACACCAUCAGGAACCGCACAACUAACAAAGGCAUGUGCAGAUGACCCGGAACCUUGGAACUUCUGCAAUAAUCCGGCAGCUGACCUGGUCGUUAUCAACCUUGGUACCAACGACGCUAACGCUGCGAACAAUGUCAGCAAAGAAACAUACGUGGAGAGUUACAAGAGACUCAUUCAGGGCGUCCACGGAAAAUGGCCCAGAGCUCAGGUGAUUGUCAUGCAAAUGUGGCAGGGUUUCUUCCAGAACGGCAACACAUAUGACCAGAACACGGACCUGCGAGACGAAGUAUACAGCGUCUAUGAAUACUUUAACACGGAGGAGUAUCUAAGCAACCCUAUCAUUUGGGAUGCCGUUACCAACAAGACGACAAACACGAAUACACGGGCGAAGCCUUUCGUCCACUUCUUCAACACCACCGGCAUCCUGCAGCAUAAUGAUAUUGCGCCACAGUGGCAUCCUACCGAUGUUGGGCAGAUCAAAGUGGCCAGCCACCUUAUCCAGUACAUCACUCUAAAGCUUGGGUGGCCACUGUACGCUACCGGACCUGAGGUUUAUCAUGAGACUCUGUACUGGAAUGACCAGUCUAGCUAUUGA